CCUCGAUUCACUAACCUCCGAUUUCGUCAGUCAAUAUGGCGGUAGAUGUGUUGGGUUUGUACGAAUUCGACUUUUGGUACCAGUGCAAUCAUGAUUCGGACGCCUCCCGAGGCCGAGCAAAUCCAUUGCCAAUGUAGGAAGUGCCAUCGGUAUUACGAGCCGGAGCCGCUGGUUGUUGAAGCGAGCGAUAAAGGACGUGGUGUUACAGUUGGCGAAUAUAUCCUGAAAGUCCAUCCAUAUAUCCAAAGUUUAAAAGACGAUAUCCUCACUGCGGAAGGUUAUAACAAGGGUGUGGACGGGGGUGAGGGAAAAUUUCCGGAAAAUACGGUGUUAUAUCUCGACCCGGGAUCAUUACUCCCCCCCUUCAUGAUCUUUGAGGAUGAAGGUCCUGAAUCGACCCAAAAAAGUUGGGAGGAGGCUGCUCGGGUCACUGCUAAGUGGAUGGCAAAGUUAGAGGAGCUCGAAGCACAAGAGCCUAAUCAAGGAACACAGGUGGAAUGAUUAUCCUUUGAGAGGAUUCAUAGAUAGAUGUAAGGCUGGGCAAAGCAUCCCAGAUAAUCGGGUCUCUUCCAGUCAGGAUUUAGCAGUGAUGUGCGGAGGGCUUCGGACGGGAUUCAAUUCGGACGGAACGAC